AAAGUCGACGCUUAUCGUCAUAUUGCACAAAGUGUCAAACUUAAACUUAUCUCGACAAUAAGUACAGUCUACCUUCUUAUCGGUUGGAAAAAAUGAAAUUGAGACCCGUAACUCGUGUGCACGAUAAAACUUUUAGUGUUCAAAAAUAAAUUAGUCGGUGUGAGUUUAUGGAUAUUUUAGACGGAGAAAAAUAAAUCAGCACUGAGAAUGCCUGAAAAAUUGGACUACGUUACGACCCUAACACCUGAAAUCAUCGAGCGAGCCGAAAAAGAACUUGGAGAAGAUGAGCAUCGGCGAACUGAAAGUGUUUUGGCCCUACGCGAAUGGGCUAAAAAGCAACCUCAUUUACAGGCAAUGCCUUUAGAUGCCAAAUUCCUGCUGAGAUUUUUGCGCGGCUGCAAAUACAGCGUGGAGACCGUGAAAAAGAAGUUGGACUUGACAUUGACAUUGCGCACGGCUCUUCCGGAAUUUUUCGACGGAUGGGAUCCAAUGUCACCUCAAAACCAAGCGAUUCUUAGCUUAGGAGGAACUUUUCCUCUUCCGGGGUAUGACCAUUUAGGUCGUAAAGUGUUAUUUGGUCGACCCGGGGUUGCUGAUCCAAAUAAGUUUAAGUUUGAGGAUAUCCAACGAGUUGGUCUCAUGAUUUCAGAGCUGUUGUGUGAUGAGGAUGAGCAGCUGUUCAUCACUGGAAUGGUCGUUCUCGUCGACUUGGAAGGCUUCACCAUGAGCCACGUCACUUCGACUCCAAUUGCCAUGAUGAAAAAAUUAAUGCCUUGUUUUGAGGAUGCAGCACCCAUCCGUCCAAAGAGUAUGAACUACAUUCAUAAUGCGUCCAUCUUCACCGUGAUUAACAAUCUCUUUUCGGGCCUCAUGAAAGAGAAAAUGAGAAAAAGAUUGCACAUGCACGGAGACGACAUGGAAUCGCUCUACAAAGAAAUACCCAAAGAAAUUCUCCCCAAAGACUAUGGAGGUGAAAACUCGUCAAUUGCAGAGCUCACUGCUGUUUGGAAAAAGAAAUGCGAGGAUCGUCGAGAAUUUCUGAUUGCUUCAUCCAAAAUGAGGUCGGAUGAAUCCAAACGUCCCGGUAAACCAAAAACGUCCGACGAACUUUUUGGGAUUGAAGGAUCCUUCCGGAAACUUAACGUCGAUUGAAAAUGACACUUUCACCACCCCCCUUUGACUUAGACUUGAAAUAAAUCUAAUAAUUUUUCAAUAAUCUAAAUAUUUUUCAAACUGAAAUGAAUAACAUGUUUUUGUUUUUGAAUUCUUUACGCCGACGAUAAUAAUUUCAAAUAAAUAUUAACGGAUGAGUUUGUCAUAGGA